UCGUCUCUAGAAUUGGGUUAGUUUUGUCGCCAUCACCACCAUUUCUCUUGACAACAAGCUUUUUGAUGCCACUCUCUCUUACUUUAACCCACCCCUUUGCCACAUCAUUGAAGCCACCUUCACUCAUUUUGAUCUUGUCACUGCUCUCUCUCCCUUAUCCCGAGUGAUGAAUCAAUACGAGAUGAGUGAUUAUCUUAAGGUGUUCAGUUUAUCCAACAUGGGUUGUAGUGCAAGUCUUUUAGUAGUUGAUAUUUUUCACCAAUUAUUCAAGUCAUGUAACAAUGCCCUUGCCACUGUCCUUACCUCGAAAUAUCUUGCUCCAAAUUAGUAUUGCCACAAAGUAAAAUUCAUGAUGCUCUCCUCUUGUCUAUUUUGGCCAGUUGGCUCCUCCAUAGAGUUGAUUGAUAAUGACAUAGCAAAAUAGUUUUAUGAUAGUUGUUUGAAUUUUCAAGUGAUCAAAAUGAUUACAGUGAUAUUUGGAUUGGGGAAUUGGUUUUUACAACUAAUGGGCAAGGUGGUGUCAGACGCGAUGGUAAGGAGAUUCAAAAAUUAGAGGGAGGCUAUGAGGGUUGUGGUGGUGCAUACUGUAGUUUGGUUUCUGUGUGUGUUACUUAGAUGGGAAGGUGAGAGAAGAGGUGACUGAGGAAAUAAGAGGUGACGACGGUGGCGAAGGCAACAGAUGAGAAGUGGUGCAGAAGGUGAGAGUAUUGAGGUGGUGGCAAUGGCGGUGUCAAAGAUGAGAAGGGAGGUGGUGAUGAUGAGAAAAAUAUAUUGGAAAGAUAUGUCGCCUUCGUCUAUAUCAUUUUGUGUAUAUAUAUAUAUAUAUAUAUAUAUUGGAUAUUAUAUGAAAGUAUUGAUAUUUUUCCCUCUUGCCUUCAAUUUUCCAUUAACAAAAUUAAAUUUGGGCUGUAAAAAUAUGAUUUAUAUAUUCAAAGGGUGAAGAGUGUUUCGGAAGAAAUCUUAGUUGGGAAAAUGUUGAUCACUCCGAUUUUGUAGGAAACCAAAGUCUAUACUAUUUUUUAAUAGAACUAAUUUAUUUAGAUAAAUUAGAAUUAGUUACUCCCUAUUUAAAGAUAUAAAAGAUAUUUAUUAAUAAAUAUUAUUUAUAUCCAUUAGGAAUUCAAGAUUGUGUAAGGAAUUGGAGUUAAAGAUCGUAUAAGGGAUGAUGAAAAUAGAUAAUCACAGUUGGAAAACCCUAGUUCUCCCAGUCGUUGCAUAUUAAAGAGUCGCCAUAAUUUUCAACUAACCGAGCAAUGCCUUGUACAGGAAGAAAAGUACGUCCAAUAACACCAAAUUCUUUGGUGGAGCCACCAUUACACUUUUUCAAGGUUAUCCUUCCCACUACCCUGGCAGAGAAGAAGCUGAGGAUUCCUGAAAGCUUUGUCAAUAGGUUUAGAGAUGAACUUUCUGCAGUUGCAAAGCUCGGUGUUCCUAAUGGUCAUGUUUGGCAAGUGGGGUUGACAAUUGAUGGGGAAAAUAUUUGGUUUCAGGAGAGUUGGCACGACUUUGUUCAAUAUUAUUCAAUCAGUAUUGGAUACUUCUUGGUUUUCAAAUAUGCAAAGAAUUCAACUUUCCAGGUCCUUAUCUUUGAUAAGACUGCUUGCGAGAUUCAGUAUCCAUAUAAUGCUCAAGAAGCUGUAAAUGAUGAGCAGGCUGAAAUUAAAAUUAAGCCACAAAGCAAUGUGAAGAACUCAAAGGUUGGGCCACCAAAAAAUAAAUUUAAAAUGGAAGAAAUGUAUGACUUUUUCUCUUCACUUGAAGAAAUGGGAAUCUACAUUGCUGAUAAACAUAGACUUCCUUCGAUAAAACAAAGAAAGAGAGCAAUUGAUAUCGCCAGAUUUUUCAAGCCAAGAAAGCCUUCGGUCAUGUUUAUUUUUCAACAGCAUUGUCUACGCGAACAGAUUCAUCUGCCGAUCAAAUUUGCUAACAAGUACAUAAGUAGCAAAGCCAGACAUAUCAUAUUUCAAAUUUCUGAUGAAAAAGAGUGGCUUGUCCAAAUCCAGAAGCUCAAUACUGGAGGUUUUCGUUUAACCAAAGGAUGGACUGGAUUUCUAAAAGACUGUGGCUUGAAGGGAGGAGAUAUCUGCAUCUUUGAGCCUAUGAUCAGAAAGAAAAACCACCUUACUUUAAAAGUUUCAGUAUUUAAUGCAGCUAUGGAGUUAACAUGAUUAAAAUGUUGU